AUGGAGGAUGAAACAGUGAACAAUGUUAUGUGCCAAUUCACAGACCCAGAAGGGACACCACUUGGAGCUCCUUUGUAUCUUCCUCAAAACGCUGGUCCACAACAACUUCAACAAAUCGUUAAUAAGCUUCUUAACAAUGAAGAGAAGUUACCAUAUGCUUUUUUUAUAUCGGAUCUAGAACUUGUUGUGCCACUUGAAACUUACUUACAAAAAAACAAAGUUUCGGUGGAGAAGGUACUGGCAAUUGUUUAUCAACCACAAGCUAUUUUCCGAAUUCGUCCGGUUAAUCGUUGUUCUGCGACUAUUGCUGGUCAUGCUGAAGCUGUACUUUCAGUUGCCUUUAGUCCUGAUGGGAGACAGUUGGCCAGUGGCUCUGGUGAUACCACUGUUCGUCUAUGGGAUCUUAGCACACAGACACCGAUGUUUACAUGUACAGGUCAUAAGAAUUGGGUUCUUUGCAUUGCAUGGUCACCGGAUGGUAAGCAUCUUGUGAGUGGGAGCAAGGCUGGAGAACUUCAGUGUUGGGAUCCUCAGACAGGAAAGCCGUCAGGAAACCCGCUUGUGGGCCACAAAAAAUGGAUCACUGGCAUCUCUUGGGAACCAGUCCACUUGAAUGCUCCAUGCCAUCGCUUUGUUAGUGCUAGCAAAGAUGGUGAUGCACGCAUAUGGGACAUAUCACUAAGGAAAUCUGUUAUUUGUCUUAGUGGCCACACACUUGCAAUAACUUGUGUAAAAUGGGGUGGAGAUGGAGUAAUUUAUACUGGCUCCCAAGACUGUACCAUUAAAGUGUGGGAAACUUCACAAGGGAAGCUAAUUCGUGAAUUGAAGGGUCAUGGGCAUUGGGUUAACUCUCUCGCAUUGAGCACUGAAUAUGUUCUUCGCACUGGAGCUUUUGAUCAUACAGGAAAAACGUAUUCUUCUCCAGAGGAAAUGAAGAAGGUUGCUUUGGAAAGGUACAAUAAAAUGAAGGGCAAUGCUCCUGAAAGACUAGUUUCAGGUUCUGAUGAUUUCACUAUGUUCCUCUGGGAACCUGCUGUCAGCAAACACCCUAAAACUCGCAUGACAGGUCAUCAACAGCUUGUAAAUCAUGUAUACUUCUCACCUGAUGGGCAAUGGGUGGCCAGUGCAUCAUUUGAUAAGUCUGUGAAGCUAUGGAAUGGCAUUACUGGAAAAUUUGUUGCUGCAUUUCGAGGCCAUGUUGGACCUGUUUAUCAGAUCAGCUGGUCUGCAGACAGUAGGCUUCUUUUAAGUGGGAGCAAAGACUCUACACUGAAGAUUUGGGAUAUACGGACACAGAAAUUGAAGCAAGAUCUUCCUGGUCAUGCAGAUGAGGUAUUUGCUGUUGAUUGGAGUCCAGAUGGCGAGAAAGUAGCCUCCGGUGGCAAGGAUAGAGUAUUGAAAUUAUGGAUGGGCUAG